AUGCGUUCGCGGGCGGCCAAGGCUGUUUGGAAAUGGAUCAUCGCGUUGUCGAAGUCACCGGCAUCGUGGUACGUCCACCCAAUGUUGUUGGCAAGGGAGGCGUCCCAAUUGCGCGCAGCGGGGUCGUCUGAAUGCAGAGCGAGCUUUAGUGCUUUCCCGCUCCAUUCCAACGAUUCCUUGGGGUCGUCACACACAAGAGCCACCAUAUGCAUGGCAUCGAUAGCGAGUUCGUCGAAAUGCGCGCUCAAGGCCAUAUCCGUUGCCGCAAUGAAGUGGGGGCGGGCAUCUACAGGUCGUUUGGACGACCGAUACACUCGUCCACGUUCCAAUCUCGAGCGCACGUUGACUUCAAUGGCAUCGAGUGACGUCGCGUCCAACAUUUUGAGUGCUUCGUCAACUUUGCUCAACAGGUCGUGCGCUUCCUCAAAGCGAUUACGGAGUCCAAACGUGCGCGCGAUUUGUGUCUGGAUGCACAGGUUUUCAGCAGAACUCUCGUCGGCCGUGAGGAUCCCGCGGAAGCGCGUUUCCGUCGCCGCAACGUCUGAAAAGUCCCAUGUCGCCUUGAAGUUGCGCACCAUUUUGUCAAGUAACAAUGAAAAUGUGGUAUAA